AGGUCGCCCAAAAGGAAGGAGAAAGCGUCGGGCAGGAGAAGCAAGUCCCCCCGGAGCAGGAGGAGCCGGAGCCCCCAUCACGUCGCAGUCAAAGUCAAGCAGGAACGAGAUGAUCAUUGUCACAGAGGAAAUGAAGAACGAAAGCAGAGAAACCCAUCAGAACAAGAACACAGGCGAGAUAGAAGUGGUGAGAGAGAAAGACACAGAGAUCACUCGGACAGAAGGAAAAAUCCUAAUGAAAGGCCUGGAGGCCGAGGCCACGAGCGAGAAAGGGAUGUUCAGAACAUUCGUGAGCAGCAAGCAGAGAGGGAGUUCUAUAAUGAGAGAAGACGAGAGCACCGACAAAAGAAUGAAGUGAGUGGUAUUAACCAGAAUCCAGAACUCGGGCAAUCUGAUAAUAAACCUAAAGAUCCUGUAAAAAAAGAAAAGCCAAGUUUUGAACUGUCUGGUGCGCUUCUGGAAGAUGCCAACACUUUCCGAGGUGUUGUGAUUAAGUACAGCGAGCCCCCAGAAGCUCGGAUACCAAAGAAACGAUGGCGCCUCUAUCCUUUUAAAAAUGAUGAGUUCCUUCCAGUCAUGUACAUUCACAGACAGAGCGCUUAUCUCCUGGGCAGGCAUCGCAGAAUAGCAGAUAUUCCUAUUGACCAUCCCUCCUGCUCAAAGCAACAUGCUGUCUUUCAGUAUCGGCUUGUGGAGUACACCCGUGCUGAUGGUACAGUUGGCCGCAGAGUAAGGCCUUAUAUAAUUGACCUUGGUUCUGGCAAUGGUACUUUUCUAAAUAACCAGCGGAUUGAACCUCAACGUUACUAUGAACUGAAAGAAAAGGAUGUGUUGAAAUUUGGGUUCAGUAGCAGGGAAUAUGUUCUUCUCCAUGAAUCUUCAGAUAAAUCUGAGGCAAACACAAAGGACGAUGAUGAGGAGGAGGACGAGAAGGAGGAAGAGUCUGACAGUUAACAGAUCAGGAGGAAAUUGGGGGGGUGAAAAAAAAUCUUUGCAGUAGAACGUGCAUUGGGAUGUAAACAUUGGCGCAUCGAAGCACUGAUGCCUCUUAUUGCCUUAAAGUCCUUCUUCUGUUGCUGGUCUGUUCUUGUAGCUUAUUUUGGGGACUUAAUCAUCUUGGAUAGUUCUGCUUAUCAGGAAAUUCAGCUUUUUCUAAGCUAAUUUCCCCUGACAAAGAAAAAAGAGCACCUGGAUGUGAAAGCUGUGGUGCUGGAAAUAUUCAACAGAUGUUGGAAGGCUAUCCCCUUCUAGUAAAUGAUGUAAAACACAGUGGGCAUAUUUAAAAUUAUUUUUAUGAACUGUUUUGUCAUAAUCCUUUGAAAAUGCUACUUAACUGAAAAAUAAGGUAGAAACUAGCUGAUAUAUUUUGUCUUAUUUGGUAGGAUUUGCCAAAUUUGUAUGCCUGUUAAGAAAUCUAGACAGGAGAAUUUACCAAGUUUCAUUACUAAAGAGGCAGAAAUGUUGCAAAGCCCCUCUUGUAUUUGUAUGUUUUGGGUAGUUAAGUUUGCAUUGUAAUAACUUUUCAGGGAUGGGCAUUUUACCAGAAUACCUUGUAAUCUACAGGUAGUAUAGUUGUAAAUGAAAGGAAAUGCUUCCUGGGACUUUAGGUUAUGGGGCUUGAGGUCUAAGUCAGUAUAUGCCCAGUAUAUGUUGAAACUAGAUACUGAAAUUUUUAUUGGAUGUUGGGUAUCUGGUUCUAAAGCUGGGUCCUUCUUCUUUUUUUUUUUUUUU